AUGGCUCCUAUCGAUUUGCCCACAGCUGUUGACGUGCAACUGGUAAAAAACCUUUCAUCGUCAUUGAAUGAUUAUGAUGCAUUGGUUUUGGUGGCGACCGAUUUGAAUGAAAUCACCCCGUAUCUCGAUGUUGCAGUUACAAAGCAUCUGCAAUCAUUUCGUGAAGUAAACAGUAGCUUUCACGAUGACAUAACUGUGUCUGUUCAUGAGAAUGUUCCCGGCAAACGUUUGGUUUUUUCACCAACUGGUCCAGUGAAUCGAGAUUAUGAUGAUGUUCGUCGCUUUUCGGAUGCUGCAUUAGCAGGUGUGAAGAAAGCAAUAGGAAUUGGAGCUAAAGCACCUCUUGUUGCCAGCUUCGGAUCGACGAAAUACAGACAAGCAAAUUUAGUCACAUUACUUGCAGCACUCGAAGCGACUUAUGUGCCAUUACAAGUUCGCGAGGAAGUGCCAGACAAAAAAACCAAAGUGAACAAAUUAGGCUUCUUUACUGGUCAAGCAUCACCUGACAACGAAUAUGAUCAACGAUUGAUUGAUUAUGCUCGAGCAGUUGAAUUUGGACGAGCUGUUGGUCGAGAUAUUGGUGGAGCUGAUCCUGAACGUAUGGCACCACCGCGUGUUGCUGAAUAUGUUCAAGAAUUAUUUGGUAAAUCGUCGGGAAUCAAAGUAAACGUGAUCAAGGACAAAAAGGAGUUUGAAAAAGGUUAUCCUUUGUUCGCUGCCGUUAAUCGAGCUGCAAGCGUUGUCGAUCGUCAUCACGGACGUUUAAUCUUCCUUGAAUAUGUUGGCGAAGGCGAAAUCAAUACAACUGCAUUAUUUGUCGGUAAAGGAAUUACCUUCGAUACCGGUGGUCUUGACAUCAAAGCCGGUGGUCAUAUGGCUGGCAUGUCAUAUGACAAAUGUGGCGCUGCGAAUGUCACCGGUUUUUUCAAAGUCCUAUCUGAAUUGAAACCUAAGCAAUUUAAAGCCAUUGGCGUUUUAGCCGUAGCACGUAAUAACUGUGGUGAAGAAGGCUAUACAGGCGAUGAAGUGAUCACAUCUCGCGGUGGUGUUCGCGUUCGUAUUGGAAAUACUGAUGCGGAAGGUCGCAUGGUUAUGGCUGAUCCUUUAUGUUACAUAAAAGAACUCGCUGUCAAAGAAGUGAAUCCACACCUGUUUACUAUGGCAACAUUAACGGGACACGUCAUUCGUGCCUAUGGAAGCAACUACACAGCCACAGUCGACAAUGGCCCAGCUCGAGGUGCAGAAAUCUCGCAAAAAUUACAAGCAGCAGGCGAUGAAGUUGGAGAUCCAUUUGAAAUUUCCACUGUUCGACGCGAGGAUUAUGCUUUCAUUGCGGAUGAAAGCGAAACAGCUGAUGUUUUACAAUGUAACAAUCUGCCCAGCAGUGGCACAUCGCGUGGUCAUCAAUUUCCAGCUGCUUUUCUCGCUCGCGUAUCUGGCCUGGACAAGCACGGUCUCGAUUCAGCACAACCCUUACGCUAUACCCAUUUGGACAUUGCUGGCAGUGGUGGCGAAUUACCGCAAUCACCAACAGCUCGUCCUAUUCCAGCACUAUGUCAAAUGUUUAUCGCCGAUCGUGUACUUCAUUGA